CUUCUCUUCUGCCAUUCGACCUUUUGCGAGUACAGUCCUAUAAUACGCAACAAUCAUCAUGAAGAUCCUGACGAAAGAAGAGGAGCAGGAGCACUACAAUGCUACAAUCAAGGGUGGCAUUGGUGGUGGUGUCGCUGGCACGGCAGCAGGUGCUCUCGGUGUAUGGGCAGCUUCAACCAAAUAUCCGGCCUUUAGAAGUCUCAGCCUGCCAUUCCGCGCAUUCUUGAUAACAUCAUCUGGAACUUUUGCGGCAAUAAUUGCAGCCGACUCGUACUCGAGAAAAUACGAAGCCUCGCGACAGCCUGAUAGGAACUACCGAGACGAACAGGCUCAGCUGCAAGAACAGCUAGACUCCCAAAAAUCAGCCAAGGAGAAGCUCAUGAGAUGGGGAUCCGAGAACCGAUAUGGGUUAGUCGUUGGUUCGUGGGUGGUGUCGAUCUCUGCGGCUAUGGGAAUUGUCGGUCGCAACCCAUACCUCACCACGCCGCAAAAGAUUGUGCAGGCUCGUGUGUAUGCACAAGGCUUCACUCUUGCGGCAGUCAUCGCUUCUCUGGCAUUUGAAGGAACCGAUCGCGUGAAGGGCACCGGACGAUGGGAGACUGUCAAGUACCUCGACCCGAACGACCCAACCCACAAGAACAUUAUCGAAAAGAAGAUCCACCACGAGCGAUACCAAGGUGAGGACCAAUGGAUGGACAUGGUCGCUGCUGAAGAAGAGCGCAUGAAGGAGCGAGAGGAGGCAGUCAAGCAGCGUGAAAAAAUGAAUAAGAAGAACGGCAAAGCCAAGAAGGCCCAGAACAACCACGAGGAUCAACGGCACGAUAAACCAGACGAGGGCGACCAGAAAGUAAACGCGGCAUAGAGAGCGGGCAUCGAACACGGCCGAAGCAUUUUUGAGUCUCCAAUGCGCUAUGGCAUAGCGCCGGACAGAGCAUAUUAAUUCCACAUUGGCUGGCCUGCGACGAAUGUAUGAUUUGCAUAAGCCAGGCGCAAAAGGCGUUUCACGGCCUCAAGAGGCAUUUCAAUAGAGCAGAGGAAUGGGAUUUGUACAGCAUCACGAAGACGUUGGUCCUGC